CAAAAAUUGCUAAAAUCGAGAGGUCUUAGCUCCAGCUCUAGUUCCAGUUUCAGCCCCUCACCCCUGCCUCAGGCAUGUAUACCUGCAUGAAACCGUAUCCGAAAAUCUGAGAUGCCGGCACUACCUGGGCAAAGUGAAAUCUCACCGCCCACCCGGAGCCGAAAGCAUUCAUCCGGCAAUUUUGCUAGGCCGUGACUUCGCAGUCGUAACGGCAUCGAUAAUGCCAUGGCCAUUCAGCUCCAGGCCGGCAAAGGGGGACGACCCUGACCGGCGUCCCGUCUCUUGGUCCAACAACCUCAAUGGUACCGACUGGCAGCACUUCAAGGACCCACGCAACUGGGUACCAACUGUAUUGGUGACGACGACAGUCAUCGUAUCCUUACAGCUAUACCGGUCGUAUCUGCGCCGGAUACCGGGUGCCAUACAUAUCCAACCGGCUUUCUUUCGAGAGCGAACCAUAUUCGGCAAAGUCACUAGUGUCGGCGAUGGGGACAACUUCCACUUGUUUCACACUCCCGGCGGACGCUUGACUGGCUGGGGCUGGCUACGAAAAGUUCCAGAAAAGAAGACGGAACUAAGAAACAAGACGAUUCCCAUCCGUCUCGCCGGUAUUGAUGCACCCGAAUGUGCUCACUUCGGCCGUCCCGCCCAGCCCUUCUCGACGGAUGCACUCGCAUGGCUAUCUAGUUAUAUUCUCGGCCGACGAGUGCGCGCUAAGAUCUACAAGCGUGAUCAAUAUGACAGAAUAGUGGCCACAGUUUUCGUCCGACGUUUCCUACUCCGCCGGGACGUUGGACUCGAGAUGCUGAAGAUGGGUCUGGCCACGACAUACGAGGCAAAGACCGGCGCCGAGUUUGGUGGUCUGGAGGCAAAGUACAAGGCUGCGGAGGCGGAGGCGAAAACAAAGAAGCGAGGCAUCUGGGGAGGCAAACCACAAUUCUUUGAGAGUCCCCGCGACUACAAGAAGCGCAUGAGCGCUCUGGAAGGAACGCAGAACAAAGUUGAGCCUUAAUGGGAUGUGGGGGGAUAUUUUCACUCCAGGUACACACUUAUUCAUGUACGACGGUCUUGCGCGGCGUGCCCAGCUGAUCGCCUCCGGGUGUCCCUAGGCCACAUGAAUCUGGUCGCGAUCUUAUUCGCAUGGGUUCAGCAAACAUGCCGAGGCGUAAUGGCAUCCGUAAGAGACCAUACGCAACCGUCAUUGUAUAAAGUGCAGAUGGUAAGGGCCUCACUAUGGCAGCCAGUCAGGCUGAAAGCUCGGCCAAGGAUCAGUUCGGCAUACUAUGGUGAUGUGAGACGAGAAACGUUCUGGUUGACAAAAGAGCAUGGUGGAACGAAUGAUUGAUCAGCAGAACGCAGCUGACUGUGCUGAAUCGCUGUAGACCCGUACGAGGAAAGCUGGAGGUUAGCUUAACGCAGUAAUG